GAUUACAAAUGGAGAAAGAGUCCUCUCUAAUAAAUAGUGACAUUAUCUUUGUGAAGUUGCAUGCCCCAUGGGAAGUGCUCGGAAGAUAUGCAGAACAAAUGAAUGUAAGAAUGCCUUUCAGUUCAAACUGUAACUGACGAUGGGUUUUCUUCUCGACUGGCUUCAUUUUUGCUGUUCUUCCAGGAGAAAAAUCUAUUACCUGCCCCGCCGGUACAAGUUCAUGAGCAGGAUCGAUAAACAAAUAAGCAGUUUUCGGAGAUGGUUACCUAAGAAGCCAAUGAGGCUGGACAAGGAGACACUGCCAGACCUGGAGGAGAAUGACUGCUACACUGCCCCUUUCAGCCAGCAAAGGAUCCACCACUUCAUCAUACACAACAAAGACACUUUCUUCAACAAUGCCACGAGAAGUAGAAUCGUACAUCAUAUUUUACAAAGAAUAAAGUAUGAAGAAGGAAAAAACAAAAUUGGUCUGAAUCGUUUGCUUACUAAUGGCUCCUAUGAAGCUGCAUUUCCUCUGCACGAGGGAAGUUACAGAAGUAAAAACUCCAUUAGAACCCACGGAGCAGUAAACCACCGCCAUCUGCUCCAUGAGUGCUGGGCUUCCUGGGGCGUGUGGUAUAAAUACCAGCCUUUGGACCUUGUAAGGCGGUACUUCGGAGAGAAGAUUGGGCUGUAUUUUGCCUGGUUGGGCUGGUACACCGGCAUGCUCUUCCCAGCCGCUUUCAUUGGAUUAUUUGUCUUUUUGUAUGGAGUCAUAACUCUGGAUCACUGCCAAGUCAGUAAAGAAGUCUGCCAAGCUACAGAUAUCAUCAUGUGUCCUGUGUGCGAUAAAUACUGUCCAUUCAUGAGGCUGUCAGACAGCUGCGUUUAUGCCAAGGUAACCCACCUUUUUGACAAUGGAGCCACUGUCUUCUUUGCUGUUUUCAUGGCAGUCUGGGCGACAGUUUUCCUGGAGUUUUGGAAAAGACGGAGAGCAGUAAUUGCUUAUGACUGGGAUUUGAUAGACUGGGAAGAAGAGGAGGAAGAAAUACGGCCCCAGUUUGAAGCCAAGUAUUCCAAGAAAGAGCGGAUGAAUCCCAUUUCGGGAAAACCAGAACCGUAUCAAGCAUUUGCAGAUAAAUGCAGCCGACUUAUUGUUUCUGCAUCUGGAAUAUUCUUUAUGAUCUGCGUGGUGAUCGCCGCCGUGUUUGGGAUCGUCAUUUACAGGGUGGUGACCGUCAGCACUUUCGCUGCCUUUAAGUGGGCGUUAAUCAGGAAUAAUUCUCAGGUUGCAACCACAGGGACUGCCGUGUGCAUCAAUUUCUGCAUCAUCAUGCUGCUGAACGUGCUCUAUGAAAAAGUUGCACUGCUUCUGACAAACUUAGAACAGCCUCGCACUGAGUCCGAGUGGGAGAACAGCUUCACCCUGAAAAUGUUUCUUUUUCAGUUUGUCAAUCUGAACAGCUCCACGUUUUACAUCGCAUUCUUCCUCGGAAGAUUCACAGGACACCCAGGUGCCUACUUGAGGCUGAUAAACAGGUGGAGACUAGAAGAGUGCCACCCUAGUGGAUGCCUUAUUGAUCUCUGUAUGCAAAUGGGUAUUAUAAUGGUGCUAAAGCAGACCUGGAAUAAUUUCAUGGAACUUGGCUACCCGUUAAUUCAGAAUUGGUGGACUAGAAGGAAAGUACGACAAGAGCAUGGACCUGAAAGGAAAAUAAGUUUCCCACAGUGGGAAAAGGACUACAACCUUCAGCCGAUGAAUGCCUACGGACUUUUCGACGAAUACUUAGAAAUGAUUCUCCAGUUUGGAUUUACAACUAUCUUUGUGGCAGCUUUUCCCCUAGCACCACUUCUGGCCUUACUGAAUAAUAUAAUUGAAAUUCGACUUGACGCUUAUAAAUUUGUCACACAGUGGAGGCGACCUUUAGCUUCAAGGGCCAAAGACAUAGGAAUUUGGUAUGGAAUUCUUGAAGGCAUUGGAAUUCUCUCUGUUAUUACAAACGCAUUUGUCAUAGCGAUCACAUCUGACUUUAUCCCUCGCUUGGUGUACGCUUAUAAGUAUGGACCUUGUGCAGGCCAAGGGGAAGCUGGGCAAAAGUGCAUGGUUGGCUAUGUGAACGCCAGCUUGUCUGUAUUCCGAAUUUCUGACUUUGAGAACCGAUCUGAGCCUGAGUCUGAUGGCAGCGAGUUCUCGGGGACUCCUCUCAAGUAUUGUAGAUACCGAGACUACCGUGACCCUCCUCAUUCACUGGUGCCCUACGGCUACACACUGCAGUUCUGGCAUGUCUUAGCAGCCCGACUGGCUUUUAUCAUUGUGUUCGAGCACCUCGUGUUUUGUAUAAAACACCUCAUUUCAUAUCUGAUCCCGGACCUCCCAAAAGAUCUAAGGGAUCGAAUGAGAAGAGAGAAGUACUUGAUUCAGGAGAUGAUGUAUGAAGCAGAACUGGAGCGUCUUCAGAAGGAACGAAAAGAGAGGAAGAAAAAUGGAAAAGCACACCACAACGAGUGGCCGUGACCAGGUAACAGUUCAUUUGCAGGCCAAGGACCUGAAUUCUGUUUACUUCUCCCAGCUGUGCAAAAGCACAUUCCAGUGAAUGACUAAAAUGCAACCGCAGUGCAUGUCGCCGAGGUCGGCAGUGGUGGGGGGUCGGCACUCUUAAAGGACUGCCUGGGAAACCAUGCUGCUGUGAAAUCACAUCGCAGCCCAGCACACAAAUGCUAUCCAUCCAUAGACCAUUCUUGACCAAGCAAGCAUGCACAUCAUGGGCAGUUACAUUCUCAAGUUUUUAAAACCAAGGGGAACUUGUAUACUGGGCCUGUUUUUCAGCCUGUUUGCUACCUUUUUUGCAUUCUAUCCCAUGUGAAUUUUACAGACACUGGGCUGAAAAGGGUAUUUGGACACCUGGACACACAUUCCUAGAAUGUCACAUGGUCCUACUUCCGUGUCACCAAACAACACAAACAAGACCCUGUUUACAACUUUUUCUUUCUUUUUUUUUAAUUUCAGAUCUUUCUGAGGAGAUUAUAUAUGACAUAUCUAUAGCUAUGUGUAUGGCCAUAGAUGUAUUUCUGUGUGUACAUAUGUAUAGUCAUGUAUUCUUACAUAUGUACAUACAAAUACAGAGAUAUAUAAAAGUACAUAGAACUUCCUUACUUGUAAAUAGCCAAAAGGUACUGACAUGAAUGAUGAAUUUUCACAUUUAAAUAGUCAUCAACAUGAAGCCAUGUUUAAUGCUUGUAUAAUGUGAUGCGAUAAAAUUCAAAAUAAAUUUA